GCAAUGAAUGGUCCAGAGCGUAACUAAAGGACAUAAAACGUCUACCAUCACUGAUGACAAACGAUCAUUGCGGUGCAACUACGSCACUUAUAAGCGCUUUUCAAGACAUAAACUUUCAUACCCCAUUAAGUACUGAUUCGGCGAAAGUGACUUGGUCUGCUAAUGUUGGGAAGGAGGAGAAAUYUUCUAUACACCUCAACAAGCCCUCGUUUUUAUCGUUAUUUAUGUUACUUACUAGUCUCGUGUGUUGUGAUCGUAUGCCUUUCUGAUUUUCUGUGUUUUCAAAGGCAGCUUUCACCAACAUAUCAUGUCARUCAUGUACUACAGCCAAAAAAAGGUAUGCGCGCACGCGAGGCUUCCAAAGGGGACUGUUUUGGGUUUAGAGCAACCCUGGAACGCCUUGAGAAGGUAGCAAUUGGACUAGACAGCACUAUGCGCAGAAGAUUUCAAACGUAUUCAAACAUGGUUCAGCAUAAGACGGAAGACUCCAAUCAUGACACCAAUUCAUUGAAAGUGUUUCGAUAUAAUGUUGUGUUAAUGGCCUAUAAACGUUCUGGAUCAUCUUUUGUUGGGCAAAUCUUUAAUCGCCAUCAGGAUGUAUUGUAUCUUUACGAGCCCAUUUACUUUAUAAAGGCGCUCGCGCGKCAUCAUGGGAUCUAUAGAACCUUGAGACGUCAUCUUCUCAAAAUCAUCUUUACCUGCAGAUUCCAAGAGAAUCCCUACUUCGUGAGUCAGUUGUCUAACUCUCCAUUCCGACAAUACAGUCGUCCGCUUUCCGAAAAGCAAUCAAUGUGCCAGAAAAGUUCACGUAAUAUCGAUGCUUGCAAAAGGUUGGACGUCAAAAGUUUGAUUGACAUCUGUCAAUCACAUCAACAUGUUGUGUUAAAGAGUAUACGAAUUGAAGACUUAGAUGAACUCAAACACGCUGGGGGACCAAAUAUCGAGGACCCUUGGAAUAUACUAAAGAUAGUCCAUCUCGUGCGUGACCCUAGGGCCAUAAUAAGUUCAAGGGCCCGCAUUGAUAGCGAAUGGCUUCGAAAGAACUGGACAGUCUCUGAUUAUCAAUCAAAUUCACGAAGUCUUUGCACGAAAAUAUUUAAGGACCUUAAGUCAGGGACAUCUAGGGACUAUAAUGGCAUGUACAACGUGAUUCGCUAUGAGGACAUUAUAACACACCAAGAAUGUGCCAUAAAUAACCUAUUCAAGUUCACAGGCUUAUCUAAAUCCGAUGACGUUUUGAACUGGCUUCGCAACAAUUCCAAAAAUGGUCAUAGUGCUUACGCUUUCUCGACCAAUAAAAACUUCACUGUUGCUAUGAACCACUGGAGGAAACAUAACGAGCUGUCAAUCAUUCGCAUAAUUGAACAGGAAUGCUCAGUUAUAAUGGAUUUAUUAGGAUAUACUAAAGUUAAAGACAAGACACAUUUAUUGGAUAUUUCCAAGACAUUGUUUAUUAAAAACACGUGCCCAAAUAUUUUUAUGACACAAAAUAUCCGUCAGAGAUUAUCAAAGAUCAUUAAACUGGACAACAAAGGGAUGUUAUAGGARCCUYCUCUYUACAWGAAGACAACMAAUUAAUGGUAGAUUUUGGYGUAUAAACCAACUGCAGACGAUAUCACAAACUAUGAUUAAAAACGAAUCGAAAUGAGGGCAGUGUUAGAUUGACAAAAGAUUGGAUUUCAGGAUAAAAUCAUGGAACCUCUUUCAACACACCUUAUAUUUUUUUAUAAAACAAAUUGAAAUUGAUUACAUUUACAGAUAUAUGCACACCUUUUACAAUGAUUUUUUAGUAAUUUAUAAUAAAGUACAAUAUUUAGAA